CACAUCAAUUUAUGUUAAACAUGAAAGGCCAUAAAGAUGAAUCUGGUAUGGUUCUGGAUAUUAGAAACCUCAGCUCUCCAGCCAGGAGUGUUGCCUUGAACCGGUUCACUGAUGAAAGUGUUGAAGUUGCUGCAUCUGUGCCAGGAGGAAAGCUGCAUAAAUGGAUUGCUGGGAGCUUUUGUCUCUUAUGUAUCCUACAGGCUGCUCUCAAUGUUUCCCUGCGUCUGGCUCUGCGUGCUGAUGUCACCUGUGAAAAUCAAACUAAUGUAGAAGACAGUUUGGAGAAGAUCAACUUUGCUUUGCAGCUAGAGUCUAUGAAUAAGGAGCGAGAAGAGCAGAAGAGGCAACUCGAUUAUAUGGCUUCACGGCUGAAUUUCCUGACAAAAGAGAGAGAGGAGUUGAAGAGGAAGCUAGAGGACUUUGCUCACUAUGCGCAACAAGGUUGGCUGUAUUUCAACGGCAGUUUCUAUUAUAUUUCUUCAAUCAAGAAAAGCUGGCAAGACAGUAGAGAUGAUUGUUUGCAGAGAGGCGCAGUCUUGGCGAUCAUCAGCAGCAGAGAAGAACAGGAAUUCAUAAGGCAGCAGCAGAAGGUAAUGUGGAUUGGACUGACUGACAGAGAGACAGAAGGAGUUUGGAAAUGGGUGGAUGAGACUCCAUUGACGGCAAGCUUCUGGUACUCUGGGGAACCCAACAAUUUUAGAGGCAGAAAUGAAGAUUGUGUAGUAAUAAAUCACUACUAUGAUUAUGAAAACAACUGGAAUGAUGCUGCGUGUGAAAACGAAAACUUUUGGCUCUGUGAAAAAGACAUGUGAAACAAAAUAUGUUAUAUACUUUGACAAAUCUCACACUGAGGUUUUGUUUCUUUAUACUAUGAGCACUUUAAUUUAAAUUUUCAAACUGUUGCUUGUUUUAAAAUGUUAACUGAAGGAAAUCUAAAAAUGCAAGUGUGGAGAAAAAUAUGUUCUCCCUUCAAUCUGCAUACUUAAUUUGUGUAGCAAUCAUUACUUCCUACAACACAGUACAUCUACCCAUAUUUAGAUAGUGAUAGAUAGAAGUAUAACUCAAGUGAUUUUAUUCUUAUUUGAUUUGGGUUUUCAGAAUCAGAAUACUUUAUUUAUCCCUAAAGAAAUUAUGUGGGUUACAGUUUUGCUUUG